CAAUAUAUCUUAAUACCGAUUUCCAACACAAUUUCAACUCAACACUUCUUCUACCGAUCCGACCACCUGACAUGGAAAUCACUAUCCUAUACACGCUUCUCACUGUUCUCUUCCUGGCCGCCGCUUUCAAGUUUCUUUCAGCGGCUAGAUCUCAACGCCGUAAAAACCUCCCUCCCAGCCCACCGGCUUUGCCGUUCAUCGGUCACUUGCACCUCGUGAAGCACCCCGUCCACAGAUCCCUCCAUGGGCUCGCCCAGAAACUCGGUCCGGUGUUCUCGCUCCGGUUUGGCUCGCGCCCCGUCGUGUAUUUCAGCUACAACCACACUGGCAUAGGAGCCUCCCCCUACGGUGAUCACUGGCGCAACCUCCGCCGACUCAUGGCCAUUGAGAUUUUCUCGACGAGCCGGCUUAACGCUUUCCUUUCGGUCCGGCGUGACGAAAUCAGGUUCUUGCUCCGGAGCCUUAAUGCAAUCUCCUCUAAUGGAUUCGCCCGAGUGGAGCUGAAGUCCAAGCUCAACGAGCUCACUUUCAACAACAUCAUGAGAAUGAUAGCCGGGAAGAGAUACUACGGCGACGAACUGGAGAACGCCGAGGAGGCCGAGGUGUUUCGAAAGCUAGUGACUCAGGUGUUUGCCUUUGGCGGCGCAUCAAACCCCAAUGACUUCUUGCCAAAUGUGGGGAGAAUUCACAAGAAGAUAGAUGGGUUCUUGCAGGGCUUAAUUGAUGAACACCGGAGGGAUAAGAAGAACUCCAUGAUCGAUCAUUUGCUUUCUUGCAAGAAACACAACCGGAGUAUUACACUGAUCAAAUCAUCAGGGGCUCAUAAUGCGGGAACUGACACGUCAGCAGUGACGAUGGAGUGGGCAAUGUCCCUCCUUGUGAACCACCCUGAGAGAGAAAUAGAUUCCCAUGUGGGCCAAGACCGUCUAGUUGAUGAACUUGAUCUCUCCAAUCUCCACUACCUUCACGCAAUCAUCUCCGAGACCUUCCGGUUAUUUCCCGCAGCACCAUUGUUGGUGCCACAUAUGCCAUCGGAAGACUGCACAAUCGGGGGAUACGACGUGCCACGUGGUAGCAUCUUGUUGGUCAAUGCAUGGUCAAUUCACAGGGACCCUAAUGUUUGGGACGACCCCACUAGCUUUAAGCCUGAGAGGUUUGAAGGAGGGCCUGUCCAGGGCUGGACUGGCGCAACGUAUUGUGGGCUUUGGCCUGGCAUCAUUGAUCCAGUGUUUCGAGUGGGAGAGGUAAGUGAAAAUCCCGUUGAUUUCAAAGAAGGAAAAGGAACAACCAUGCCCAAGCUUGAGCCACUGGAAGUCAUGUGCAAGGCACGCUCCAUAAUGAACAAGGUUAUAGUU